CCUCUCUCCCUUUCUAGGUUUUUUUGGUUUAUAAAAUAACUUAGAGCUCUCUCGCAAAGCUCGAGGUUUUCACUUUCUCGCACUUUCCCUCACUUUCUCGUGUUUUCUCAUCUAAGGCAGCUAGUUCUCCGAUUAGGUUGACUGGAGCUUGGGGUUUUUCAAAAUGUUCUUGAAGGUUGGGGACAUUUGUCAUCAUUCUAAAAUUACGCCAGUGCUCAUCUUUGGUGUACGUACGGAGUUUAUGGAAGAAUAUAAUCUGCAAAGCUAGUAUUUGUCUAUGUAUCCAAAGAGGUCUGAUCAGGCAGAUAGGCCAGUUACUAGGCCUCUGCGCUCAAGUGAUAGGCUUAGAAGAAGGCCGAAAGUAUAUGGCAGACCAUAUUUGUAUUACACUCCUACCAUCAUUCGAAAUAAGAAGAGCAGGACAAAGACAAGGACAGCAGCUUCUCGCAUUGCCAAAAUGUUGCGCUCGGGGGAUCGGCCUGUGCGUACUUCAAACGGCAGUUCAGGCACAGCCAAUCUUAGGCGUUCAUCGAGAAAGAGGAGAGUUUCUGUGAAUCUUGUGGGUUAUACUGAGAGUUCUGGUUCUGGGGAUGAAGACAUGAUGAGACCAUAUCGACCACGGAGGAACCGAGUCGCUAACAGUGUAAGUCAAGAUGAGUCUCCAUCUCCCAAGCAGAAAACGACCUCGGAUACUAAAGAAGCUCCUCGACGUGAAGGACUACGCCCUCGUCGUUCAAAAACAGUUAAGCAGAUCAAUUUGGGUUAUGAUGAUGAGCAAAGUACUUCGGAGGAGAAGGUUGGUGAAGAUGAAACUGAAAAUGGGAAUGAUUUAGAUGAUGAGGCUGCAGAUGACGACCAAAAUGAUGCUGAAGAUGAGGGUGAUGAAGAGGCUGAGGGUGAAGAUGAAGAAGAAGAAGAGGAUGAAGGUGAUGAUGAAGAGGGUGAAGAAGAGCAGGAAGGAAGGAGGCGAUAUGAUCUUCGAAAUCGUGCUGAUGUACGCAGGCUAUCUAUGGAUGAGAGCAAGCAAAGAUCUAGAUCUCCACGGAGGGUUUUACGUCAAGGAAUGGGGACUAAAGUCAGCAGGGAUGUUAGGAAGGGUGGCUCACGUGUUCAUAAGCGUCAUCGUCUAACAAGAGCUGAGGAUUCUGAUGAUUCUAUUCUCGUGGAUGAGCUGGAUCAAGGUCCUGCUAUUCCUUGGGGCCGAGGUGGGAGCAGAUCUGGACCACCUUGGCUUUUUGGGGGAUUAGACAUGCAUGGGACAACAGCAUGGGGAUUAAAUGUAGCUGCAUCAGGUUGGGGUAAUCAAAGUGAUCCAUUUGCUACAUUGACUUCUGGGAUUCAAACUGCUGGACCAAGCUCUAAAGGCGGGGCAGAUAUUCAACCCUUACAGGUUGAUGAAAGUGUUAGCUUUGAUGAAAUAGGCGGGCUUUCUGAAUAUGUUGAUGCUUUGAAGGAAAUGGUUUUCUUUCCCUUGUUGUAUCCAGAUUUCUUUGCCAGUUAUCACAUCACUCCACCUAGGGGUGUCCUGUUGUGUGGUCCCCCUGGCACUGGUAAGACAUUGAUUGCCAGGGCUUUAGCAAGUGCUGCUUCGAAGGCUGGUCAGAAAGUCAGUUUUUACAUGCGAAAGGGUGCUGAUGUGCUUAGCAAGUGGGUUGGUGAGGCUGAAAGACAAUUGAAACUUCUUUUUGAGGAGGCACAAAGGAAUCAACCUUCCAUCAUUUUUUUUGAUGAGAUAGAUGGGCUUGCUCCUGUGAGGUCUAGUAAACAAGAGCAGAUUCACAAUUCUAUUGUAUCCACUUUGCUUGCCCUCAUGGAUGGUCUUGAUUCACGUGGACAAGUUGUUUUGAUCGGAGCAACUAACAGGAUUGAUGCUAUUGAUGGAGCUCUAAGGCGCCCAGGGCGAUUCGAUCGUGAAUUCAAUUUUCCAUUACCUGGUUGUGAAGCACGUGCUGAAAUAUUAGAUAUUCACACUCGGAAGUGGAAGCAACCUCCUUCUAAGGAACUUAAAAUGGAACUUGCAGCUAGUUGUGUGGGAUACUGUGGUGCAGAUCUGAAGGCUUUAUGCACUGAAGCUGCCAUUCAUGCUUUUCGUGAAAAAUACCCGCAAGUUUAUACUAGUGAUGACAAAUAUUUGAUUGAUGUUGACUCAGUGAAGGUUGAAAAAUAUCACUUUAUAGAGGCCAUGUCAACAAUUACUCCUGCUUCUCAAAGGGGUUCCAUCGUUCACUCUAGACCGUUGUCUUUGGUAGUUGCACCAUGCCUGCAGAGACAUCUCCAGAAAUCCAUGAACCAUAUAUCUGAUAUAUUUCCUCCCCUAACAGUGUCAUCUGAGUUGACCAAGCUUUCUAUCCUUUCAUAUGGAUCAGCAAUUCCUCUUGUUUAUAGGCCUCGGCUGUUACUGUGCGGUGGUGAUGGUUCUGGCUUGGAUCAUCUUGGACCUGCCAUUUUACAUGAGUUAGAGAAAUUUCCUGUACAUUCUCUUGGUCUUCCAUCACUUCUUUCGGAUCCCAGUGCAAAGACAUCAGAGGAAGCAGUGGUGCAUAUAUUUAGUGAAGCAAGAAGAACAACACCUUCUAUACUAUAUAUACCUCAGUUCAAUCUUUGGUGGGAUAAUGCAUAUGAACAGCUAAGAGCUGUUCUGCUUACACUUUUAGAAGAGUUACCAUCAGACCUACCUAUAUUGCUACUUGGAACAUCAUCAAGUUCACUUGCUGAAUUAGAUGGGAAUCCCUAUUCAGUAUUUCCUCAGCGUAGUGUCUAUCAAUUGGACAAACCUUCAAUUGAAGAUAGAUCUUUGUUCUUUGACGGUUUAAUUGAAGCUGCAUUGUCAGUAUUGUUGGAGGCAAUGACUAAAAAGUCCAAGGAACCAAAAUCUCUUCCUGAACUUCCCAAAGUGCCAAAAGUGGCAAGUGGACCAAAGGUCUCAGAAUUGAAGGCCAAAGUAGAGGCUGAGCAACAUGCUAUUCGCCGUUUACGCAUGUGCCUUAGAGAUGUUUGCAACCGGAUACUCUAUGAUAAAAGAUUUAGUGCCUUUCAUUACCCAGUCACUGAUGAGGACGCGCCAAACUACCGCUCCAUAAUCCAGAAUCCUAUGGAUGUUGCUACUUUAUUGCAGCGGGUUGACUCUGGACAAUAUCUUACCUGUUCUGCUUUUGUGCAAGAUGUCGAUCUGAUUGUAACCAACGCGAAGGCUUACAAUGGAGAUGAUUAUAAUGGUGCUAGAAUUGUUAGUAGAGCUUGUGAAUUACGGGAUGCAGUACAUGGGAUGCUGUCACAGAUGGACCCUGCAUUGGUUGCUUAUUGUGACAAAAUUGCUGCUCAAGGGGGUCCAGCUCAUAUGCCUGAUGAUCUAGGGCUGCCUCCUGCGGUACCUGUUGUGCAGCUAGGAACUUCAACUCGGGCAAGUGCUCGACUCCGUAAUGUCCAGCCAGAGGCUGAUCUUCAGAGCUACGAGGCCUUGAAAAGGCCAAAGAAGAAUGCCGAUACUGCCCUUGCGGCAGAAGAUAAAUCCCAGGCCUCGGAUUCAGUACAAAUGAAGCCAUCUCAGACCCUAGAGGUAAAGGAGAUAAACUGUGAGAGGGAUGAACCUACUUUGGGUGAUGGCAAGCAGCAAGAAACUUCUACAGAAGCUAAUGGAUCCCAGGACACGAUAAUGUCGGAUGGUGAGAUUUCAACUCAAGCCGAAUUGGUGAAGAAAGUGUUAGUGGAGCGAACAGGAAACUACGGGAUCCCGGAGCUGGAAAGGCUUUACAGUCGGAUAAUGAAAGGCAUUUUUGAAAGUAGGGUUGGAGAUGAUGAUGACCCCAAACCGUCAGUUUUGGAGUUUUUGUUGAAAUUUGCAGAGGAUGACGCUAAUUUCUCUUCUCUUUAAUGCCUCUUAUCAUAAAAAAAGAAAAAAGAAAACAACAAAGAAACCUUUCAGUAGGGUAGUUGUAAAGUCGGGAUUUUCUUUUUUCCAAUUCAUAUUAUUGAGUCAAGCCAA